GCAAAGCCAAAGUUGCGCUGUUGCGCUAGUGCUGCUAUCUUGUUAUGAUUCUAUGUGCGGGAACGAUAUGCGCAACCUAAAACUUUUUGGAAGUUUAUUACAAGCACAGCGAAUCUUAAUAUAAUAUUAUUCAUAAUCACGAAAAACUCAUUGGAACGUACUUUUAGCAUUAAUGAUACGUUCGACAAAUGUGCGAUUAAUGUCGAGUGAUUAGUUUCACGCUUUAAUUCAAAAUAUUACCAUGAUUAUCUCAGAAAAAUAGGCAACAGAGGCAGUUAAUUCUUUGAUUCUUUUUGUAUAGUUGGUCGUUCAUAAUACGAUGAAUCGUUCAUCAUUAAAACCGAUUCAUUAAAACCUUGCGGCUGGUUUGUUUCUAAUGGAAGGUUGUAUGUUGGGGUUAUGAAUGAUUUUGUCAUAAUUAUAGGUUUCAUACAUUUCCCUUUUGGUUGAAAAAGCCUCACUUUUUGUUUCUGAGCAAUCUGUAACCAUGAAGUUGUUGAAACCGGCUUGGGUUAGCCACGACGAUCUGCCCAUAUUUUCAGUUGAUAUUCACCCCGAUGGUUCACGAUUUGCCACUGGAGGGCAAGGGGAAGAUUCUGGUCGAAUUAUUAUUUGGAACAUGGCACCAGUUGUCAGUGAAGAAGUUGAAAAUGAUGAAAAUGUGCCAAAGUUGUUGUGUCAGAUGGAUAAUCAUUUAGGUAUAUUUUGGAGACUAUUGGAUAGAUGGGUCUUGGCAUGUGUGAAUUGUGUUCGAUGGAGUUUCUCAGGCAAGUUCUUAGCAUCUGGAGGAGAUGACAAGUUGGUGAUGAUAUGGAAGAUAAGCAAAUAUCCAACAGGUGGUGGUGCAUUUGGGAGUGGAGGCAAAUCAGGGCAUGCAGAGACUUGGCGCUGCAGUUCAACAUUACACGGCCAUACUGGUGAUGUGCUGGAUAUGGCAUGGUCUCCUCAUGACGCAUGGCUGGCAUCAUGUUCUGUGGACAAUACAGUAAUUGUCUGGAAUGCUCUGAAAUUGCCUGAAAUGGUUGCUGUGUUGAAAGGCCACAAAGGUUUGGUUAAAGGUGUUGCUUGGGACCCUGUUGGCAAGUAUGUAGCAUCACAGUCUGAUGAUAAAACAUUACGAGUGUGGAGAACUGCUGAUUGGCAACAGGAUGCUGUUAUUCAGGAGCCAUUUGAAGAAUGUGGAGGAACUACACAUGUUCUCCGUUUGAGCUGGUCACCAGAUGGACAGUACUUAGUUUCAGCACAUGCUAUGAAUGGUGGUGGUCCUACUGCACAAAUAAUAGAACGUGAAGGUUGGCGACAGGACAAGGACUUUGUUGGGCAUCGGAAAGCUGUCACAUGUGUUCGUUUUAACUCAAAUAUACUUCAGAAACAGUAUCGUCAGUCAAGUAAACCACAACAAUACUGUUGUUGUGCAAUUGGAUCCCGAGACUGUUCCUUGUCUGUUUGGUUAACUGCUCUGAAACGACCUCUUGUUGUUCUUCAUCAACUAUUUACAAGUUCAGUACUUGAUUUGUCAUGGAGUUUCACUGGCUUGCAAUUAAUGGCAUGUUCCUGGGACGGAUCUGUCGCAUUUGUUGAGUUUUCACAGGAUGAGCUUGGAAAACCUUUGUCACUUGAAGAGAAGAACGUUUUGCAUGAAAGAAUGUAUGGGAUGUCUCUGGCAUCAGCUAAACCGCAAGUAACUGUAGUGGAAACACCAGAGUUGCUUGCAGAGCAAGAGAAAGUUGUUACUGAUCAACAAAAGAAAUCAGAACUAUCAGUUCCUACUGAGAAGAGCACGACAAAUACAAGCACGUCUCAACCACAGCCUCUUACUCCUCAUAAGGGACCCAUCAAUUGCCAAAUUGAGACUCGCACAACUGAUGGAAAGCGAAGGAUCACACCAAUGUUUAUUCCUCCGGCUCCUGAUACAGGGGAUGGCCCUGCACCCUUUGGGUCAGGAGGAAGUACGCAAACACCGGCAUUUACUAGCUCCUCAGAAAGUCGAUCUACUAUUCUUAUUAAACGAAGAGAUGAUGUUGUGGAUCCUAAUGUGAGUCGAUCAUCAGAAAAGACCACGCCUACUAAGGAAACUACUGCAGCAGGAGGAAGUACAACAGUGCAAGCAACAAGUCCACAAUCUAAGAGAAUGAGCACAGAGAAUAAUGCCUCUUCAAGUUCAAUUGCUGAAGUAUCUAUAGCAGGUACAAGUGUAACAAUAAAAGCUCCCCAGAGAAAAGAAAAUGAAAAAUCCUGGAGUAGCAGUAUUCCAGAAAUAAAAACAGAUGCUCAGAAAAUUACCCUCAAACGUAAACUUGAAAAGGAGACUAAAAUAGGAAGUAAAAUUCAGUCUCCUAAGAGAGCAAGGCUGAACAUAGAAGACAAAGGUUUUGGUCAGAGUUCAGUUGUAACUAGCAAACUGCAGAGUUCAGUUCUGCAACCUGUGAUGCCUGCCAUCGAUGAUCAGCCUCGGCCAAUUUUAAUGUUGCCACCUCUUGGUAUGACAUCAAACAAAGGAGUUUAUAGGAUUGCUGGUGGUUCUGGGCCACGGACAAAGUGCCGAUUGGAAGUGGAGAACAGUGCCCUGACUAGUCAAUAUGGUCCUCUUACAAAAGUUCGUGUGUACCCUGGACCUGUAUUUUCAUCAUCGUCUUCUGCUUGUAUGCCAUCUUCUGUGGAAGAUGACUUGAGAGCCUCGUGGGAAGUUGUAUUAGGAUGUAAUGCAUGUGGUGCAGCUGCUAAUCAACAAAUUAUAGUUGUAGUUUGUCAAGAUUCUACUCUACACGUGCUUGAUACUGUCACAGGUCAGCGAUUACUUUCGCCUCUUGUUCUUCCUGCUCCUGCUUCACGGAUAUCAGUGGGACCAAGACUUUUCAUCUUGGCUGUAACUGUGGCUGGUGGAUUAUGUGUUUGGGAUGUUGGUGGGAAGCUUAAAUGUUUGAUUAAAAAUGAAAGCCUACUUCCAAUUAUGCAAGGCCAACUAGGUAGAGAAGUAACCAUAAAAAGCUCUCUUUUGACUGAGAAUGGCUGUCCUCUUGUAUCUUUAUCAACUGGGAAAGCAUACAUGUACUCGGUAGAUCUUGCGUCUUGGUUGCUAAUUGGUGAUGCUAACGAUCCUGUACAUAAAUGUGCAUCUCAAAAGAACGUUUCUCAAUUUCUGAGUGUGUCAGAUAUUUCUUCGUAUCCAUUGGCUACCAUUCAAUCUCAUUUGAAAAGCUCUCCAGUGACAAUGAGUUUAAGGCAGCCAGCAGUUUCACAAAUUGGACCUAUGUGUACUGUGACAUACUUAGAGCAACAGCUAUUAGCAUGUCAAGCAUUAGAAUCAAGCAAAGAAUAUAGAAAUUAUUUGAUUGCCUUUGCUCGUGCUCUCAUCCAAGAAGGAAUGGAGUCUCGCUUAAGAUUAUUGUGUGAUGAUCUCCUCGGACCUGCUCAUGCCCAUGCCAAAUUGAGUAAAAGUUGGCAGGAUAGUAUAAUGGGUCAUUCAAAACAUGAAAUUUUAAAGGAAAUUCUUCGGUUUAUGAGUGCAAAUCUGAACUUGCAGAGAUUGUAUACUGAAUACAGCCGUCAACUUUCAGUAAUAGAAAAUAGUGCUUCAAGUUUAUCUAAUGGCGUUGCUGAAUCUUGUGGUGAAAUUGAUGGCCUUUGAUAAAGGCUCGUUUAACCACGUUUGUGUGUGCUCAUGAUGUGCUGACAACUAGACAUUGAAGAGAUGAGUUCUGUUUUAUAUUGAUCUGCAAGAGUGCUGGACAGUAUUGUUUUGAUUAGUGCGUAGAUGUGUUGGGAAUUGUAGAUAACAGGAUUGAUAAGUCAAAUUAAGAUUCAGAAUCUAAUUUUUGAAAUUGGUUUUCUGAUAUUAGUUUUAAACAGAAAAUUAACAUAAGGUUUUCUGAUAGAACGAAAAGCAAAAAUGUAAAGGGCAAAAGGGGGUACUGUACAGUUACACUUUCUUUUUGUUUUAAUCCGUUGUGUUGAUAUCCCCCUUCUUUUGUCUUUGCCUAUUAACAUGUUUUUUUGUUGUUGUUUUUUUGCAUUUGAUGACCAUGUUUAUGCAAGGUCAUAGUUAAUAUAUUUUUAAAUUAAAUUACAUCACAUUUAAAUUAAAUAACUUUACAUGUUCUUAGUAAAUAUCAAGUAUCCCUUUGCUGUAAUGAGGAUGAACUUGCUAUUUUGUUCUUAACUUGUCAGGGAUAUCAAUCUAUAUAGUAUGUCAAUGGUACAGUAAAGCCCAUUUGCUGUACAUUUUUUACCUAAUCAGAGCACUGAGCAGUGCAAUUGUUUGGAAAAAGGUGCUGUUCUGAUCUAUUAUGAUAUUGUAUUUAAUGUAAUUUCCUUGAUCAUUUUAUUGAAAUUAUUCUUAUGUUAAUCUUUAAAGAUAAUAAUCUCUUAAUACAUUAAGGAAGGUAAAUUUUAAACAUUCCCAGGUCAGAUCACUGUAAAUUCUCUUAAGUUUUGGGAAAAAGAAGUCCUUUCUCCUUUUAUUUCCCUAUAACUCUGUUACAAAAAUCAAUGCACAAUUAUGUAGUAGUAUUGCUUUUUUAUUGGUUAAAUUGAUAAAUCACAGUUUUUUAUAAAAUAAUCAAUUAUAAGAAUUUUGACUGAAUUUUGAAAAUAGUGAGAUGACUGAAUGCCCUUCUAUUAUCUUCAUGUCUUUGUGUAUUGGAUAUUUUGUGCAUGAAAUACAUGCAUUUUAUUUUAGAUUUUGCUGAUUGCAAACAUUUCCAAAGUUAUUGUACUCCAAACAUUAUGUCAAUGAAAAAUAAUUUUACUAAACUUACUUCUCUAUAGGUUUUGUGAUACAACAUUCCAUUUCAGAUUUAAAGUUUUGAAUAAUGAAUGAGAGAAAGAUUACAUAUCAUUGAGUAAGUGAAUCUGCAUUAUUUACAAUAUGAUAUUCAAAACUGCUCAAUGUUUACUGUGUAAAUAUGUUUAGAUGGCAUGUUUUUCAUUUAGGUAUCUGCCAGAAUAUAUAGUUAUUUUAUUAUGUAAAAUAGUUUCCUGCAGUGCAGGUCUCAAUACAUUAAGGACUCUAGUGUAUUUUGGUACAAGGAACAUUUCAAUGUCGUUUGCCAUUUUUGUAUCCAGAUUUAUAUGAACUUUGUUUAUGGGGUAUUACAGAUCUGUAUAUUUUUACACAGACACUGAAAAGAUUAGUUGUAUUGUGUUUUUGAACAUACUCUGUGGAGUAGGGAUCUACUUAUGUCAGUAUCAUUUGACACCUCUCUAGUCAAAGGAACAAUUAUAGUUUGUAUGCCAUUGUGUGGUCUUUUUACCACUGCAUUAUCAACAUGUGUUAGAAAACGUAUUUUUAGGGUUCGUUCCAUUACGCUUUAAAUAAUAAUUCUCUUUGUAUCUCUUGAGAAACUUGAGUGAAGUGUCUUCGCCUUGCAAGCAAAUGUCAAUUGACAUAAAUGCUAUAACUAUUCAGUUGGUUGUUGUUGUUGUUUGCUUAACUUGUGUCCUAAUUUUGACUCUUUCUUUUUAAUUACCUGUGCAUUAAUACACUAUAAACAUUUGCUUUUAGAUCUUUCAUUUUGUGUGAAAAUGAAGGCAUGUACUAUACCUCACAUAUUCCACCCAAGGUGAGAAAUUAUUAACUAGUUGAGGAAAGUUUGUUUCUUCUACUCAUUUACUGCAGGAAAAUAACUUCCAUUACAAAGUAUUAAUUAAAAAAUGUUAGAUUGCAACUAUUGAACCGAAAAAUUGCUACUGAAGUAAACAGAAAACCUGAGAUAAGUUACAUAGCUUACAUGCCAUAAUUAUAACAGAGAGAAGUGCCCAUUUCAAGUUUUCAGAAAGCUACCAUUAUCUUGAUAAAUGUUGAAUGUUACUCAGUCAGUAUUUUAGUAUCUAUUGUAUUUUGUCUUGUAUUUAUUGUUUCAUAAAAAUAUAGUAUAUGUAUUUAAAUAUUUCUUUUUUAAGUAAGAUGUGGAACCAGGCUUUGCCAUUUAAUAUUUUCAUUGUUUUACAUUUGAAUAUUCAGUAUUCGUACUGAUUAUGUCAGGUUUCUUUCAAUCUUUUUGUUCUCUUUUUAUUUUGAUGUUUCAUCUUUGUUAAACAUUUUUUUUUUUCUUCUUUUCUUCAGAAAGUUUAUACUAGCUUAUUAUUAUUGUACUUUAUUUUGUUUAGUCUCAUAUUUUUGGUACAAAUAACACUUUCCAAAGAAAAUCCCCAUGUUCAGUAAUAUUGUAUAUUAGCUGUUUUUGUAAAAUGUGUAGUUUGUGAAAUAUGUAUUUCUAUGCUGUUUGACAUGCAGAAUUUACUAACAUUAAUAUGAAAAGAGCCUCAUUCUUUUUUUUUUUUUAAUCUAACAGUCAACUCACUGCCAACAUUUUCCGUUCCUGAUUCUGGACAUGGAAAUGUAUUAUUGUGUUGUUAGUUCAUAUUACCUUAAAAUUAAUUUUAUAUGAUACUCCAUAUAUACCUUUAAUAAAAGAAUUAAGAAUAGAAUUUGAAUUUUUUU